CGUUUGCUGCGACGGCACUUUGCGGCAGCAGGGAAAUCGAGGAGAAAGCAGCGACAACCAUCGCCAGCGGAAACGUUAUCGCCCCAGAAAACCCUGGAUUUAUGCAAUAUUCGAUGAACUAGCUCGUAUAUUGGUUGUAUAUGUCUUCGCCUUGUGGAUGAAAUUGUGUUCAACGUUUUCCAAGUGUCAAUCACCACCUUAAUGCAGUGGGAUGGCCACAGUGCCGCCUGGGCCUAGUAGCGCACUGCCUGCAUCCCCGGCUGAAAUUCCUCCUUUCCCCGCGGCUGGGAGCGCGGAGCCGGCGGUGGAAGACGGAGAGCCGGCGUGCCACGGGGAGCAGUGUGUGCCCGCCGGUACAGGGACGAAGUCUCAGUCGGUAAACGAAGUCAAAAGGUCGGUAAAGAAGAAGCAGAAAAACAUGCUAGCGCGAGCUAGCCCGGCGGCGCUUCACCUUAAAAUGCAAGCCCGAGAGCAGCAGCAGUUGAACGGCUUGGCAAGCCCCUCAGAGGACCCUGACAGCCACCAGCACGUAGGAAGCCGGCCUGACAAUCCCAGAUCGUCCGUAGACAACUGUGACAACAGCAUUGGCAGCAACGAGGAGGCUCCUGCCGCUAGGAACAAUAGUGAGCACUGCCAACACGAAGGCCACAGCCCCUGUUCCAAAAACGGUAGUCACUCUCCUCAUGGUAACAAUAGCGUGAACGGGAUGCCGGGUUUCACUACAGCUGAGGCGGCCUGCGAAGCGGGGAAAGAGUUGGACCACACGCCGCCCUCUAGACCUUCGAGUGACGAGCAGCCGGACGCUGCUGGGCCCGGCGGUGAGGAGAGCCAGGCUGACCUGCAGCAACCGCCGGCCGAGGAGCUCGCCCGGCUCGACUUGAGCGGCUCCCCCGGGGAGAACCACGGCAUCCGCUAUGUCCGCUACGAGUCUGAACUUCAGAUGCCGUGGAUCAUGAGACUGAUCACCAAGGACUUAUCUGAGCCUUAUUCAAUUUACACGUACAGGUACUUCAUCCACAACUGGCCGCAGCUCUGCUUUCUGGCCAUGGUGGAGCAGGAGUGUGUCGGAGCCAUUGUAUGUAAGCUUGACAUGCAUAAGAAGAUGUUUCGUCGAGGCUACAUUGCCAUGCUGGCCGUGGAUUCGAAACACAGAAGGAAAAGCAUCGGUACUAAUCUGGUGAAAAAGGCCAUCUAUGCCAUGGUGGAGGGCGACUGCGACGAGGUUGUAUUGGAGACUGAGAUCACCAACAAAUCAGCCCUGAAGCUCUACGAAAACUUGGGUUUUGUCAGAGACAAGCGGCUCUUCAGAUACUACCUGAACGGAGUGGAUGCGCUGCGGCUCAAACUGUGGCUCCGCUAGCGGAAAACAGAAGGGACGGGAGGAGGACGGGACAGCAGGUGCUGUUCACCUCGAACACUUAUCAGCUUGACGGCCUCAGCUCUGCCCUGGUCAUUUCACUCUUAUAGUCACACAUACAGACACCUACACACACACUUACACAUAUACCUGUGUCCAAGGAGUAUGCACAUAAGUAUGCAUAAAACAAGCAGACACACCCUCCUUUUAUCCUUGACCUCUGAACAAGCGUUUAGGCAGAAAUGGACUGAAAUCCCACCAGGUGUUACAUGACGGGGGGGUCUCCCGCUGCCUUCUGUGACGAGGGCGGGGCGAGUGAGGGUGACCUCAUUGAAUGGGGGACAUUGCGACCUUGGAAGCUCGGGGGCGCCUGUUCAACCAGGUGUGAGGCAGCUCAAGUGAGGAUGUGCAUCCAGACUCCACCCCCCACCCGCUACAAAAAAAUAACAAAACAAAAAGGACAAGGCACCACACCAAAAUCCUGCAGAACCCGGGACAAAGCAGACUUUUAAAAAACACAAGGAAAAAACUUAAAAAAAAAAAAAAAUCAUCACCACAUGAAACAAGGAAGUGGAGCGGUAAACACAGACUGGGAAGAUAUUUGUGGAGUUCAUUUUUGUUUUGUUUUCUCAUUUUUUAACCUUAUAUGUUGGGCAGGGGGACGGAAAAAGCUAUAGUUUGUGCGUUUGUACCGCCUGGUGUUUUUCAGAAAGCAAGUGGCUUUUUUUUUUUUUUGUCAUUUGCCGUUGGUUUCACUGUGAGCGAGUGAAGAACACGUUUGUAUGACUGCGCGUGCUUGGUAUGUUUUUGUCUCCCCAUCCUGUCCAGCAGGUGCAGCAAACCCCCCCACCCGUUGCUGCUGCUGCUGCUGCUGCUUCCAUCACCUGCCUCAGCCCCCAGGACUGAAGCCUGUAAAGAUAUGCAUGCUUUUUGUUUCAAUGUGAGUGCGGGAAUAAGAGCUUGUCAAUUAACCCAGACUGAGGCCAAUCCCCACCUCCCCAACUCCCUCUCCAAGAAGCCCAUCCUGUGUUUGUGUACGCAUGUUGGCUCUGCGCCAGCUGAUUGAAACAAAUCACUCCAUUAGCACCUCAAACUUUGCCCGACUCGUGGACCUUUUUAAGCUCGGUGUCUUCAUCGUCGAACCCAGACAGGAUGUGGGUGAGGAGUUUUUUCUGUUUGCUUGUUUUUUGCAGAUCAUAACUUAUUCUCCCCCCCCCCCCCCCCCCCCCAAAUGCACUGUCAGCUACUAGAAAAUUCCCUCCUCUCAAAACAAAAAGGAGAAUACAGCAUGUUUAAAAGAGACUCCUCACCGAUGAUGGUGUGGUCUGACCUCUCCUCUCCUCUCCUACUAAUUUGCAAUAUUAGCCUGAAUCUCCUCGUCGUGAGUGCCACUCAAACCUAUCAGCGCCGACAGCCGUGGCCACAGCGAUCUGCCCGCUGAGUGGGCAAACCUCUGCAGCCGCUUCCGGUCCACCAAAGCGCGAGAUCCGAGACAAAGUGUUACGUAUGCUGGAUUCCUGUAUGAGUGUGCCGUGUGCGUGCAAUUGAAAUUAAAAAAAAAAAAGCGAAAAAUUGAGAAGUAUUCUUAGCAGAUCAUAUUUUAUUCUUUUGUUCACUUUUACUUUGUUUCCAUUUGUCUACUUGACACCUGUAUAACCUCAUGCCGCUCUCAAGCGGCCGAGUCCACAAUGCACUUCCCGGGCGCGUUAACUCGAUGCACCGCCAACCUCGCUAUAACAUUCUAAGAUCUCCUUUCCUGCGAACGGAUGCACCCGGGCGGUCCAACGACACACUAAAGCAGCAAAGAAAGCUCGCUUGAACAAAGCUCAGAUGCACUUCUUUGGAAAUUUGCUGCAGUGUGUAUGCGUGAGUAUGAAUGUGUGUCUCCUGCUGUUUUUGACAAUGGUGUGGAUCAUGUUCUGUUAGACCUUUACGUCUCUACUUUCAGAGUCCCCCACCCUGUCCCUGCCCCGUACAGGAAAAUCAGAGCCUCUAAAAGGUGCUGCCAUUUUGUUCUGGCCUUAUAAGGACAACAAGAACUCCUUGUUAGAUACAGGAAGGAACAAAAAAAAGUGGACCCUUAUUUUUCAGGAGUAGGGUUAGUGCUUGGUGUUGUAGCGAAGGCAGAAAGACAGAUUGCAGUGGUUGUUGAUGGGCGAAAAAAACUCUUUUUUUCACAGGUUGCAAAUGCAAGAACAAAUUAUGCAAUUGGGCAUCUGUGUGCUUUUUCUCCACAAUAUUGAAAGUAGAAAGCACCACAGCGGGUUGCCAUGUGGCACUAUUUAAAUUUUUUUUUCAAUCUGCUACACCAGAACAGACACAUGCUUUCAGCAAACAUUCACAGGGAGUUUUAAUGUAUUAGGGAUGGAUACGCUAGCCAACACUAUGCGUCUCUGUUCAUGUUUAGGGUUUAUUCCCCCUUUUCAACCACUGAGCUGAGCUGGUACACCCCAGGAGCCGAGGACUGGAAGGGAGAGUAGAUGUUUACAGAGUCACCACCCACAUAAUGGUCUGUCUAUGUAAGUUUGUGUCUGUAUGCAUUUGGAACAAUGGACAAGUUUUGUUUUUUGUUUUUUCAGAUUUGUAUACGAGUGUUGUUCUAUUCAUUGAAUAUAUUGAAAGCAUGUUUUUUUUUUGUUUGUUUGUUUUUUGUGAGUCAUCUGUUGGGUUUGGGGCGAUUUGUGUUGAUUUAUCUGAUUUGAUUUUUAUUUUUAAUUUCUGUGCUACUUUAACCCCAUCCAGAGAUGAUGUGAAAGUACAAAAACAAUCUAUAGAUCCCCGAACGCCAACUAUUACCUUUGCUGCUCAUCAGACACUGUUUAGAUUUUUAUCAAACUACUUGUGGUUUAUUCUGGAGGUCCCACCCAUCUCCCUCUUUCAACAGAGGUGUUUUCAGUUUUGAAGGAACUGGGUCUUUUUGCCUCAGUCAUGCCAAACUGUCGCGGUUCCAUUAGGGUAUAUAUGGGCAUUAAAGCCUGCCACAGUGGCUGUGUUCAGAUCACGCUCACACACCGAAGGGCUUCGUCAUCAAUAAUCAGUUUGGAGCUGUGCCUUGUGGCGUUGCAUACAUUACCCAGUUUUCUCUCAGAGACUCAGUUUUGCCCUGAAAUGACAUCAGAAACAGUUGUUGUUUUUUUUUCCCCCCUCCCCUCAUCCUGAUCAUCCACUGUGCUGUCAUGACCUCGGGUGACUGAAAUCCUAAAUUUAUAACCCUUAAUUUCUCAGUUGACGUAAGUUCAUUGAUCAGAUAAUUAUUAUUAGUAUUUGUUUUGGCAGUCGAUGUGUGACACAAAACCACACAAGCAAGCAGCUGGUCCACAGGGGCUUUCUGCAGCCUUUCCACUACCAUCUACGAAGUGUGAAAAGAGGAGAGCAAAAGUUUUGUUUUUCUUUUCUUUGCAUGUCUGUUUUUCUCUGUUCCUCUUCCUGUCCCCUAUUGAUUUAUUUUUGAUCUGGAAAUGUCCAAUAGCUUUUAUUUAAUGUGGAAAAAGAACACAGAAAUAAAUUAU